UCGUUUGGAGCGGAUUUAUGCGGCUGCAUCGUUGUUCCCAUGGGUGGUUCCAGACUAAUAUACUGCUAUGUGGCUGAGCUUCAGAGCAGCAGCUGCUCAGCGACAUUGACUUUUUGAUGCUUUUCUCCUUCUUUCAUUUCCAUAUUUUUUUCCUCCUCCCUCACUUCACUCCUUAUAUUUGAUAUAUGUAAAUAUAGAUAAUAUCAUGUUCAUAUCUCUGAUCAAUAUUCCUGGUUUCUGAAGCUUAUAUUUUCUGAAUUAAAGUUUUGUUCUACUUGUGGAGUUCAGGUAGAGUCUGAAGACAUAUUGGGGGUAGUAUUGGUUAGAUUGUUGUGAAGGAUAAGUGUUUAGCUUUAACCAUGUCUGAUAGUGAUGGAAUGUCUAAGCAAGCCAUUCAUUCUCACCACUCUGUUUGGAUGGCUCACUGGAUGAGCACAAGCUUCAAGUCAACGAACCAAGGUUGUAGUCGUUUAUCGAUUUGCUAUGAGUCUCAAGCUGACAAUCAUGACGCAAAGCCUCAACUCAAUAGGAGGGAGACAGUGAAGAGUGAUUCUAAAUUUGAGAAUGGGCUUUCUGAAGCUUCUGAAAGCGAAAGGGUAAAAAUCAUGGAUGGGAGUUUAAUAGAAAGCUCUGACAGAUUAAGGAGUGAAAGAUUGAAUUAUCAGACCUUUCCAAUGUUCAGCCUCCAGCAAAAGGGGGAGAAUGUUUUGGCUCAAAAGAAUGAGCAACCUUCUGGCACACUUGGGGGAAAGCUUCGGUCUGAAACUGAUGACUACUCAGGAUAUCCUCUAGUCUCUCUUGAGGGAAGUAGGAGAAACUUGGCCCCAAUGCUACAAUGGGUUCCUGAAGCAGAAGCCUCAUCGAGAGAAAAUCCUUUGCAGCUUGAGCGUACUGCGGAUUACCCGAAGCAAGCGAGGAUUACUGAAAAUAAAAGCUUAGCUACAACCAAGUCUAUUCAUGGUGACUUUAUUGGAUCAACUUCUAAAAUUAUACCAUAUGGAUAUAACUUCCUGAAGACUCCAGCACGAUCCAUCUGUAAACAGGAAGACAUUAACCAACCACACUCGAUUCUAGAAUCUGAUGAACGAGCCACAAAUACUGUUUAUCAUAGCAAUUCUGUGCUUUUGGUUAAUGAGAAGACAGUGGGUACCCUGUUUGGAAGUUCAAGGAAUUUUUUGAGGCAGAGUGAGACAGUUAUGUUGCCGCAUAAUCCCUCAACAAGCAGAAGUAAGCAGCCUACGGAGUGCCGCACGAUGCAAGAUCAUACUGGUAUUAGAUUGUUCUCACGCGAGAACAAUAUUAUAGAACUGUCAAAAUCAAAAGAACUAUAUGGUGGCCCAAGUCCUUCACGUUCAAUGCCUAAUAUUGAGGGCGCAAUGGAUGUCAUGGAAGAGCCAUCGUCUAAAGGUCCUAAAAAAGUUUCUACAACCCAUCAUUUACUUUUCAACGAGACUACUGAUUUUAACUUGACUAGAGGAGGAGGACAGUUAUUGAAAGAAACAAUGGUAUCAACCAAACUGAAAGAAAAAACUUCUCCUCAGCUCUUUCAUUCCGACCAGGAUAAUGGAUUCCCAAUAAAAACUGGAGUAAAGCUGCAACUUUUAGGAAACUCAACAUGGAGUGAUGGAGAGAAAGAUUCCAGAGAGUUCAAGACUUCAUCAGUUAAUUUAAAGAAUGAAUCAUCAGCUGAAACUAGUACCAUGGACUUGGACAGUUUCAAGAGGAAUAAUCUCUCUGGGUUGAUUUCUUCUUCAUCACAUAAGUACUUGGAAUGGGAGCAGCAGUACUGUAAAUCUCAAGCAGCUUUAGCACCAGCUACAGAAAUUGGAGGAAAAUUGCCCAAAAGAAAGUUACCUGAUAUAAAUGAACUUGCAGUUUGUGCUAGUUCUACAGACACAGGCACUUCAAAAACACAGAGUUUGGAUGCAGACCACCUCAUUUCCCAUGCUGAGCGGCCCACAAAUUUGAAGUCCAAUGUAUUCCCUGUAGGUUGUCAAGAACCAGAUACAAGCAGUAGAUGGGUCAAGCGUCUCAGAUUAAGUCCUACUUCGGCUUGUGGUAUUAAGGGCUCCAAAAUGGAAGAAGCAUUUUCCCAUGAAAAAGUAAAUAAUAUAUUUUGUAAAAUAAAGAAAUGCAGCAUAUCAAGUUCAGAGCCCAUCACAGGUCGUUCUGGUGGCACAGAUCAAGCAGCAUUAAAUCAGAAAGAAUUUUUAUGGAAUGAUGAAUCCUCACCAUUGGAUUCAGUGAAGGAAAAUCGAGAUGCAACACUAUCACAUCCUUGGAUUCGAAGGUGGUGCCAUAAUGAAUUUGUAUCUUCUUUGAAGAAGUCGAAAGCAGUAAUGGAUGGAAAAACACAAUGCCAAAAGGGGGCUACUGACAAGUUUCAAAAGAAGCACUUUCCAAGCCUUGCUGCAAUGGCCCUGAUGGGGAAAACCAUGGGAGGAUUCGAAUCUUGUCAGUUUGCAAAAAAAGGGUCUUCUGUGGUUUGGAAUUCCUAAUGAUAUCAAGGACACAAGUUGUUCGGCAUGUGAGUGAGUGAGCCAAUGGGCAAUAACUUCUGACUGAUCAACAUUUGGUUAAAGAAUGUAUAGGCCUUAGAGUUGACUAGUGUGCAGAAUAGGGAGUUUUAUAAUCCCGAUUGUUGCCUGUAUUUCCUGAGAUUGUUUGUUAAAAUAAUUCUAGAUUGGAUCAGUGUGUUCUGAUUCUUCAGAGGUUUCCUUUCUCGAAUGUGGUGACAAGCUUAACAACUUUUGCAUUAGUAGAUGAAUCUGAAACCCUGUUGUGCUGCU